AUGGCUGGUGGAGGCGCAACAAAGUCUCCUGAGCAGCAACAAGCCGCCAUCAAUGCUGCCUUGGAAAACAAGGCUCUCUCCAACUAUCUGUUCUACAUCUGCGCCAGCGUCUCAGCUGCUGUCAUUAUCUGGAGAAUCUGGACCGUCAUCGUCAAGUAUGUUCGUACCGUCGCCUGCCUGAACAACGACAACCAGCGAUAUUUUGCCCAGUCCGACUCCAAGGUGUCCUGGAUGAAGAGGAACGUUCUCUAUGCCCCGGUCCUCAGCAAGCGUCACAACCGCGAGAUUCAGCUCAGCUCCGCUGUCAAUGUCGGUACCCUACCUAGUCGUCUUCAGCUGCUGUUCCUCGCUGGCUACUUCGCUACCAAUGUCGCUUUCUGCGUCAUCAACAUCCCAUUCGCUGGCUCUUUCAGCGCCGCCGCUCAGCAGCUUCGAAACCGAACCGGCACCUUGGCCGUCGUCAAUAUGAUCCCCCUAUUCUUGAUGCCUGGGCGCAAUAACCCUCUGAUCCAGAUGCUUGGCAUUUCAUUUGACACUUUUAACCUGCUGCACCGUUGGUUUGGUCGCAUUGUUAUUCUUGAGGCACUCGCUCACACCCUCGCAUGGAUGGCCAAUACUGCCAACAGUGCAAGCUGGGCAGCUGCGAUCAAGUCCGCCACCACGGUCCCCUUUUUGCUUUUUGGCUUUGUUGCCACUUGUGCCUUCGUCGCCAUUGGCAUUCAGGCAUCGAGCCCCAUCAGGCACGCGUUCUAUGAGACGUUCAAGUUUCUCCACAUCCUCCUGGCCAUCACAGCUGUCGUCGGAGUUUGGUACCACUUGCAGAUGAAGGCUUUGCCUCAGCUUGUGUACAUGUGGCCUGUUGUCAUCUUCUGGGCGAGUGACCGUGUCUUUCGCGCCGCUCGUGUCUUCUACGGCAACGUGGGACACGGAGGCAGCAAGGCCCUGGUUGAGGCCCUUCCCGGUAACGCCUGCCGUGUCACAGUGACGAUGGCUCGUCCUUGGACAUUUGGGCCUGGUCAGCACGCCUAUGUGUACAUGCCUUCCAUCAGUCUUUUGCAGUCUCACCCCUUUUCCGUCGCGUGGAGUGAAGAAGCCGAGGAUCCCCUGGCCGAGAAGGCUUCCCUCAAUCGUGAGGACAUCCUUGCCAUGCGGAAGACUACCAUGUCUUUCGUCAUGCGCGCCCGAACUGGCAUGACCGACACGCUGUACCGCAAGGCGUCUGCCUGCCCUGAGGGCAAGAUGUCGAUCACUUGUAUGUUGGAGGGCCCGUACGGUGGCCUGCACAGCAUGCGCUCCUAUGGUACAGUUAUGCUUUUCGCUGGCGGCGUUGGUAUCACUCACCAAGUCCCCCACGUGCGUGAUCUCGUUGCUGGUUACGCCAACGGGACGGUUGCCGCCAGGAAGGUAAUUCUUGUGUGGACCAUCCAGAGCCCGGAGCAUCUCGAAUGGAUUCGUCCCUGGAUGACGGAGAUUCUGGCCAUGGAGAAGCGUAGGGAUAUUCUCCGCAUCAUGCUCUUCGUCAGUCGACCGCGCUCCACCAAGGAGAUUCACAGCCCUUCGUCUACAGUUCAGAUGUUCCCCGGUCGUCCCAACAUUGAGACGCUCAUCAAGGCCGAGCAGGAGUCGCAGGUCGGUACCAUGGGCAUCAGUGUGUGCGGUCCUGGUGCUCUUAGUGACGAGGUACGCCGCGCCGUCCGUGACCGCCAGCAUGACUCAGCUAUCGAUUUCAACGAGGAGGCCUUUUCGUGGUAA